UAUCCGUGGAAGUUUAAUGAGGUGAAACACAUUUAUUUGACAUUGAUAUUUCAUCUUAUUUAAAGUAACAUCUUUUCUAUGUCUUCUAUCAUUUCUCCUUUUUCAUAAUUCCCAUAUCACCAUUUCUGGAAUAGCUUUUAAGAUGUGCCUUAUCUUUGGAUGGCCUUUAUAGUUCCACCACUUGUAUAUGAGUUGGCGUGGGUUGAGUCUGUCCAUGUUGAUACCCGCACAGGAAGCAAACUGUCUUCAUAGCUGUUGAGCUAUGAGGGCUGGUAGUAAUAAAUGGUUCAUAGUCUCUAGAUGUCCUUCUUUACAACAAUGUCAUUUGGAGACAAUGUGAAUCCACAUUCUUUUAAGAUUAUCAUUAGUGGCUAUUAUUUUCUCCAUGCUCUCCACAAAAAGAACGUUAUCUUAAAACAAAUGCCUUUAUCCAAAUAUUCUGCAUCCAUUCUAUUUCAUCUCUCAUGUGUCUUAUGAUUUGAUAGGUUAAUUUCACAGUGAAUUCUCCCUUAGUGUUCCCCAUCCAACAUGCUUUGUCAUUUUCUGCAAGUCCAAUGCAUGGUUUAAUGGUUUCAGCAAUGUGUAAUAAGUUCCUCUGACAGAUGCUCUAUGAGCUUUACCACAUUUUAUUCAUCAUUAGAGAUAAAAUCCUGUACUUCAUUUCCUCCUCUCUUUCUUCCCAUCCUUCCACAUGAUAUAAUGUCCCUACUCUUGUCCAUUUAUCAAACCAGAAACUGGAAUUUCCAGCCUUUAGCUGCCACUAAAUUUCAUAUUCUACUUCCUCUCUUACUUCUUGUAUCUUCCUCCAUACACGAAAAGCACCAAUGUUUCUUGUGAUGAAAGGAUGGAGCUUUUUACAAUAUUUGUUACACAUAUAGGUACUCUAUAAAGAUGAAGUUGACACUCUAAAUUUCCACCACAGUUUGACAAAUAAGGCCUUUGACACAUCAUGUAAUGAUCUGAAUCCUAGUCCUUCUUCCUUUCUGGGAUAACACAUGUCUUCCAAAGCAACCCGGUAUCUUCUUUUUAAACCUCCUGAACUGCCCAAAAGAAUUUAGCAAAAAUAUGAUGUAACUGAUCAAUUACCUUUCUAGGGGGAUUCAUAGCUGAAAAUAUAUAGACAGGCGUGGAUUGCAGUAAAUGAUUGAUGAGAAUGUAUUUACCCUCAAGAGUUAGUAGCUUAUUCUGCCACAUCAAUAACCUUCUUGUCACCUUUCUUAAUAAAUCUUUAGAAUAAGUCUUAUUCUUUCUACCAUAGAAAAUAGGACAACCUAAAUUGGUAAAAGGGAAGUUUCCUUGUUUUAUACCUGUUAAUCUUCUCAACUUUGUUGUCAUAAUCAGUGGUGGUUUGUCAUGUAGGUAGAAAAAACACUUCUUCUUGUUGACCAAUUGUUCUGGAUGCUCUCAUAAUUCUUUAAGACCAUUAUUAUUUUAAUGAUGAAUAUCCUAUCUCAUGAACAAAAAGGAUGGUAUCAUCUGCAUCUGAGAGAUGAUUAAUCUCAGGACUCCACUUUAGAAGCCCAUAUCCCUUGAAUUGUCUGUCACUGCGUAACCUAUUUAGUUCCCUAGCUAAGAAUUUUGCAGGAAUUAUGAUAAUUCUGUUGGUGAAAGUACUUAAACUUAUAGGUUUAAGAUUUGAAACGUCUUUCACCAUUUCCUUUUUAAGAAAUAAAAUCAAAUUGGUAUGAGUAAUAAAUUUAGACAGUUCUUACCCACAAAAGAAUACUCUUACUAGUUUGAUAUUAUCUUCUCCAAUAAUAUCCCAACAACUCUAAAAGGAUACUCCUGAGAAACCAUUAGGUCUACAAGUAUUGUCCCCAUUGAGAUAAAAAAAUCACCCUUUUAACCUCAUUUAUUUUUUGUAAUCUUAUCAUUUUAUCAUUCUGCUCUUCACUAAUUAGCUUGGUUAUACAUUGUAACAAAUCCUAUUCUUGGCUCGCCCCUUCUUCUGAGAACUGUUCUGUGAAGAAUGCAAAAACCUUCUCUCAUUUAUUUGAAGAUUUAUUCCUUGAUUUUUGUUAAUCUCUGCAAUGUGUAACUUUUUUUCUUCCUUUCAUAUAGGAAUGAAAGAACUUGAUAUUUUUAUCCCCCUCUGCAAACCACCUUAUUCAGCUUUUCUGUUUUUAAAAUUCUUCCUCAAUUUUCAUAAAUCUUUUUAACCCAUCUUGUACUUUGUGCAAUUCUACUCUAUUAGCUGCAGUAGGCAUUAUUUCCAGUCGUGCUUCCUUUACUUUAAUCACAUUUUCCAUGGUGUCAAUAUUUUGAAAAAUAUUUUCAAAAGCUACCUUAAUCCAAUCUAAUAGUGCCUUUUUUGCAUUCUUUAGUUUGCUUGGAGUUCUAUGAAGGAUUCCUGCAAAGUUGAUAUUCCUAUUCUACCUCACAACUUUCUUGAAAUUAGGAUGUUUCAUCCAAAAAUUCAAAAAUCUAAAUGGCUUGGUUAUGGAUUAUUCUUCUAUAUUACAAAUAAUAAAAAGAUGGUGCAUGGUUGGAUCCUUGUCUUAUCAAGUGAUGAACUUCAGAGAAAGGGAAGAUUAAAUGCUUAAUUAACCAGGACUCUAUCCAACCUUUUAAAAAUAUACUCUUCUUUAAUUCUCCCAUUCCACCAGGUCUAUUUACUUUCUGUGAAGUUUACCUCUAUUAAUUCACAAUUGUUGAUGUAGAGAGUAAAGUCUGUUCCUUUAUUUUGAGUAAAUGGUAAGCCACCCAACAUUUCAUCCUCUAAAAUUAUUACAUUAAAAUCUUCCCCUACUAUUUAUGGAUUUUGGUUGGUUUCAGUAAUGUGUUUCAGUUCCUCCCAUAAUUUCAAUAUGUCCAAUGCACUACAUCUAGCAUAGAUAGUAGUAAUAUGAAAAUAUUUAUUAUCCUUGUUGAAUUUCAUAAUUAACUAUUGUAUGAAAUCCAAAAUGAUCUAACUUUUCCAAUUUUCUUCCCAGAAUUUCAUUGUUAUUGGUUGUUGUAUUGUUUUUAAUCUCAAGAGUAUGUUGCAUGUAGUCUUUUUCUGUCUUUUACUUAGAAUGUUGAGGUCUUUGCUCUGUGUCUAGUGUUUUUGUCUCUACCUGCUUCUUUGAUCCUUCUGCUGACACCCAACUUUACUUGAAAUUAAUCUACUACUUCCCUGUUCCUUAUUUCUUUGUGUAGUCGAAUCAGUAUUUGAUUGAACUAUUAUCUCCAUUUCUUUCCCUUUUCCAUCAUGUUUUUCUACUGAUCCUAUUACCCAGUCGUGACCUACUUUAGGUUAUUCCCCUCCUAUACUAUGUCAACUUUUCUGUUUUUUUUUUGCCAACUUUUUGUGUUUCAUCCUAUGUUGUUUUCUCUUGCAUCGUGUUUUGUUCUGUGUUUUCAAGGGCUUCAAAUUAAUUGGCCACCCCUACUCUAUUCCAUCUCAUCUCUUGUCUCCACAUAUCUUUAUUUAUUCUUUUGUUACCUAUUUUUUGUUUCUCUGUUCUUUAAACUCAUCUACAUUAUUACCCUUUUGUUUUCCUUCUAAUUUUUGAUAUUGUUCAUUCUUGCCUUCCUGUUUAUUUUCCAUUGUUCUUGUAUUAUUGUUAAUUUCUUUGUUCUUCUGCUGAUUGUUACUUUCUUCCUCCUCCUUUUUGGGAUAUAAUUUUAGAUGCUCCACACAAAAUUAUUGUUUAUUGUCUUCCUGAAUCAUGCAUGUUCUACAAUAUUUAGGGAUGUAAUAAUAUUUUAUUCUAAUUAACUUUUCAGUGAUUUCCCUGUUUUGCUUCUUCACUCCAAUGUUAAUGCGCUUGGGGAAUUCUCCAAAUAAGUUAAUUUUGACUUCCACUCUUGCACAGUUGGGUGAUGUUUUGGCUUUUGACGGAAUAUUUUGUAUAUUUUUCAAGGGAUAAUUGUAUGUUUUCAAGCAACCGAUGUUGUAUUUAAUACUGGAUUUUAGUAUUUUCAGGUUAAGGAGUUAGCUGAAGGAGAAACUUAGGAAAAUAGCAAAAAAAGGUCACUGAUGGUUAAACUGGCGGACCAUCAGCCAUGCGACGGACCGCCAGGGUACGUCAAAGUAAAAUAGAAGGUGACAAAUAAAUGAUCUCUGCAAUGGUCCAAGUGGCGGACCGCCAACUUGGCUGUUAGGACAAAACAGAACAUGACAUCAUAGAGGAUCAAGUGACGGCCCAUGCGAUGGACCGUCGGGCCAGCGAUGGUCUACCAACGUGAUCGUCAACCCUUAACAGAACCUGACAUUCUGGCUAGAAUUGUGGAUCUAAACGUUUUAUACCAAUUCUCCUUUGAAGAUUCAAGAACAAAUCUUGUGAUCUUUUGCUCAUUAUUAUUUAUUCCACGCACCAGAAGUUCAGGAGAAUCGCUAUUACUUUUCAAUCCUGAACCGCAUCUAAUUGGUAGAGUGGAAGAACAACAAGAAGUUGAUAGACUAGCCACCUUGGCUAGAGCACAGGUUAAUCGGCAAAAUGAUGGUCAACCAGCUCGUGACCCUAAUCAUGAUGAGGAGUAUUUUGGGGAUGAUGAUCUGAUCAACCCAGCAAAUAGGAGGCGUGCGGAGAAUGUAGAGGUAGCUAUAAAUAGAAAUUGGGUAGCUAGAGGGAGAGCAAACUACCAACCUACUAUGCAAUUUGAUAGUGAUGACAAGGAGGAUGACUUGAACGAAGCUAGUGCUAUAGGAGCGAUUAUUCCACCUCCACUAGUACUUGGGGUGAAGUUCAACAUAACCAGCACCAUGAUACAACUGCUUAAUCUUAAGGGGUUUUUUGGAGGACUUCCGGGGGAUGAACCAAAUAUGCACUUGGUGAAUUUUAUCAAUAUUUGCAAAUCCUUUGAUAACCCUGGUGUUGGCCAAAAUGCAAUUUUUCUUCGGUUGUUCCCACUGUCUUUGUUUGGCAAGGCAACAAUAUGGUUGAAUAAGUUGGCCGUCAAUUUUAUAAAGAAAAUUGAAAAGAGCUUUCCUAGAAAGGUUCUUUCUGCUCUCCAGGAUGUUACAGUUGAGGGAUGAAGUCAACAACUUCAAAAAAUUACCAAAUGAGGCACUGCAUGAAACUUGGAUGCAAUUCAAGAAAAAGUUGACACAGUGCCCCAACCAUAAGAUGACUGACAAGCAUUUAAUGGAGACUUUUUAUAGAUCCUUGAACUCUAUAACCAAACCAACAGUUGACAAUACAAUAGGAGGAGCAUUCAUAGAGCUUACAUUCAAUGAGGCUGCAGACAUGUUGGAGCAGUUGACUAAGACAAGUAGAGCUUGGCACAUCAGGGAUUCUGUGGUAGCAAGCCCUACUAUGUUUAGUGAUAUAUCAAUGGAUCAACUUCGGAAAGAGGAGGAACGUGAGUAAGAUAUGGCACACAUGAAAACACAGAUGGAUCUACUUACUAAACACUUAUUAUUCGAGAAGACUGAGAAGGUAAAAGCUGUUAGGUCGUAAGGCAGAGCUGAUUCUGAUUUUGAAGAGGAGGCGAACUAUCUAAAUAAUCAAAGAGGUUUCUGAGUCAAUAACUAAGAGAAUUAAGGUCAGAACUAUUAUGACAAGGCUGGUUACAAAGAUAGGGACCAAGGGAGUUGGAAGAACAAAAAUGAUAGGAAUAGACUGUAUAUACCUCCUGGAAAUUGGACUAAUGCAGCUACCAAUUCAGGCAAGAUGUCAAUGGAGGACAUGAUGGAGAAACUAUUAAAGGGAGUUGAGGCUACCGAUGCUGGGGUGACGACAAUGAAGAGUGACUUAUCUUUCAUGAGCCAGCUAGUAAAUUCACACUCAACUUUUAUUAAGUAGUUAGAGCAGCAGAUGAGCCAACUCUCGGUAGCAUUUAAUCAAAGGAAGAGCGGUACCUUGCCUAGCGAUACAAUGCAGAAUCCUUAGAACGAUCGCUCUUGCAUGGCAGUUACCAUUUGGAGUGAUAAAGUAUUACGUGGACCUACUGUGGGCAAGGCUAUGAUUGACAAUGUGAUCGAAGAAGAGGUAGAAGCUGAUGAAACCCAUCCAGUAGAGUCUAAGAAGCUAGAUAGUAAUGUGAGUACAUCUAACCAUCAACAUGUUGAUGAGUUAGAGGAAGAAAAAAAGAAGAAGGAGGAAGUGGUUACUACUCUUCCAAAACCACCGUCGCCCUUUCCUCAUAGAUUGAAGAAAAAAGCCGAUGAUACAAGAUUUAUACAAUUCAUGGCGAUGUUGAAGCAGCUAAUGGUAAAUAUGCCUUUAGUUGAGGCAUUAGAGAAGAUGCCUGGGUAUGCUAAGUUUAUAAAAGACCUGGUAACGAAGAAGAGAAUAGUGAGCUACGAACUGGUGGAUAAUCUUUACCAUUGUGGUGCUAUUUUAACAAGGUCUAUGGUGCAAAAGAAAGUAGACCCAGGAGCAUUUACUAUUCCUUUCACUAUCGCGUCUCUUGAUUUUGUUAAAGCUUUAUGUGAAGUGGGAGAAAGUAUUAAUCUGGUGCUACUUGCUGUUAAUAAGAAGUUGGGGUUGGGGGAUCCUACACCCACAAACAUGCGACUAGUGAUGGCGGACAUGUCGGUAAAGCGGCCAGUGGUAUUAUAUGAUGUGCUAGUGAAGGUUGCCAGCUUUAUAUUCCCUGUGGAUUUUUUUAUUGUGGAUUUUGAGGUGCCCAUAAUCUUGGGUCGACCUUUUCUUGCAACUGGAAGCAUACUUAUUGAUUUGUGAGAUAAUAAGCUCUUGUUCAGGCUUAAUGCUGAAGUAGUUUGGUUUGAUGUAUGUCAAUCUAUGAAGCAGCACAAGGAAAUGAGUGUGUUCUCUAUUGUGGAUUUUUAUUAUGAGGAUGAGCAAGAAGUGCCGAUAAAGGAAAAAUUUAUUAUCGAGCCUUUGGCUGCAGUCUUGAUGAAUUUUGAUUGCGAAGGCAUUGAAGAGUAUGAGGAGACUGUGUGUGCCUUGAAUGGAAUGGGAUAGUAUACUUAUGCUCCUAAGAAGCUAGAUCUAGAUCUUAAAAAUUGCCCAACACCACUGGCUAAGCCAUCUAUUGAAGAGCCACUGGUGUUGGAGUUGAAGGAAUUGUCAGGCUAUCUAUGGUAUGUGUUUUUAGGCAGUGGAAGUACUUUACCUAUGAUUAUUGCAGAAGAUCUGGGUGAGCAUCAAGUGGAGGCACUUAUCUCAGUACUCCGGAGGUACAAAAGGGUGAUAGGCUGGACUAUAACGGAUAUUAUUGGCAUUCCUCCGGGUAUAUGCACUCACAAAACUCAGUUUGAGAAAGACUACACUCCUACCAUUGAGCACCAACACCGUCUUAAUCCACAUAUGCAAGAGGUGGUUAAGAAGGAGAUCAUAAAAUGGCUUGACACAAGAGUUGUAUAACCUAUUUCCUAUAGUAAGUGGGUAAGCCUGUCCAAUGUGUGCCCAAGUAAAGGGGCAUGACUAUUAUAGCGAACGAAAAAAAUUUGUUGAUUUUGCUCAGACCUGUGACAUGGUGGAGAGUUUGUAUGGACUAUCGUAAGCUCAACUCAUGGACUUUGAAGGACCACUUCCCAAUGCCUUUCAUGGAUCAGAUGCUUGAUCGGUUGGCGAGAAGAGGUUGGUAUUAUUUCCUGGAUGGGUAUUCAGGGUAUAACCAAAUUUCUAUAGCCCCAGAAGAUCAGGAGAAUACAACAUUUACUUGCCCGUAUGGUACUUUUGCUUUUAAACGGAUGCCAUUUGGUUUGUGUAAUGCACUCGCUGCCUUUCAACGAUGAAUUAUGUCUAUCUUUUCCGAUAUGGUUGAAGACACCUUGGAGGUGUUUAUGGAUGACUUCUCAGUGGUAGGUGAUUCUUUUGAGCUUUGUUUGGUGAAUCUGAGAAGAGCUUUGCAACGGUGAGAGGAAUUUAAUCUUGUGCUUAAUUGGGAGAAAUGUCACUUCAUGGUGAAGGAGGGCAUUUUCCUUGGUUACAAAAUUUCAGCCAAGGGGAUUGAGGUCAACCGGGCUAAGGUCGAGGUUAUUGAGAAGCUACCACCUCCCAUUUCAGUAAAGGGAUUGCGUAGUUUCCUUGGUGAUGUGGGUUUCUAUUGGCGAUUU